AUGAUCAACGCUGCUGCUGGUCAGCAGGUGACGCCAGCAGGUGCUGCAAUUAAAUUGCACUUUGCCUGCAACAAUAACAACAACAAUAGCAACAAUUCGAGCAGCAACUACAGUGGCCUUAAAACAAUGGAGCACAAAAUGAGCGACAACAACAACAAUAAUAAUAAUAACAAUAUCAAUAAUAGGUGGCAAAAAAUCGAGUUAAUACGACGACAAUUAUCAGGUGAAGCUGCUGCUGCUGCUCCCGCUGCCCUCUCCACUCCUGCUCCAUCUAUUCCGCCGCAGCCAAUGGGCUUCUACAAGCCCACCCUAGGCGAGGAGAGCGAGGAUCAUCUGUCCAAGUCAGUUACAUCAGCACCGUCGCCAACAUCGGCACCAGCAGCAUCAGGAGAAUACAGAUCGUUGCCAGGACUAGGACCUAUCCUGUGGGCAAUCAACAGCGAAGCUCGGUUCGAGGAUGCUGUGCUAUCCUUUCCCGUUUCUGCAUAUUCGGCAGCGAACGCCUUUCAGGGUGCUUUUAAAGGGAUUACGGGAGCUACAGUGGCGGCCACAAAACGGUUCUCGCCAGGAGGUGGCACUGCAAAGGCCACACCCACAGCGACAAGUCUACGGUGGCUGUCGAUGCCCGUGCCCAAGGAGAAGCCAUCGCUGGCUAAAGCUGCAUCAGUUACUAUAGCAGCUGGCCAGCCAAAGUCCCCGGGAGGAGCAGCAGCCCGGAGUGCCUUACUUAACCCUCAGCCGCAGCGCACCGAGGACCAAGAAAAUGCCUUUCGACGCAUCGAAGAUGUGCACAACUAUGCCAAGCUGCAGGAUUGCAGUAGCGACGAUGCUGACGACGAUGACGAUGAUGUUGACGAGGAAGAAGAGGAGGAGGAGGAGCAAGAGCAGGAACUAGGCGAGGAUGAAGAGGAAGAGGAGGAGGAGGGUGAGGGAGAGGGAGAGGGGAUCCAGGUGCAGUUACCUGUGCAGCAAGUGGUAACCCGCAUUCGGCGCGAGGACACUGAGGAGCAUGUGGACGUGGAUGUGGUGACUGUGCCGCCCCAGGAGCAGGAACAUAAGUCGCAGCAGCCUCAGCAGCAGCAGGAUCAGGCAUCGGCGGUCAGCAUCCGUCCCGAACAUCAUGCCCGCCGCCCAAUGAACGCGUUUCUCAUCUUCUGCAAGCGCCAUCGCGCUAUUGUCAAGGAGCGUUACAAAACGCUGGAGAAUCGAGCCAUAACCAAGAUACUGGGCGACUGGUGGGCCGCACUCGAUGACAAGGAGAAACAGUGUUUCACAGACCUUGCGCAGCAGAACAAGGACGCCUUCUUCAACGCCAAUCCCAACUUCAAGUGGUACAAAUUGCCGGCUCCGCCGCUGCGAACGCUGGCCACCCGUCCCAGCAAUGCGGCAACCGGUGGUACAGUCCUCCAUUCCAGCGAGGAUCAGUCCCAGCAGGAGGCACAUCCGACCACUUCGUCCCAACAACUGCAACUGCAGUGGGCAGGUGGAGAGCGCGGUGCGAGCGGCGUGCCACUGGCCUUGUUGCGACGCAACUACUUUAAACUUGCAGACGAAACGCAAAUGGGUGACCUGAGCUCCCUGCUCCAGGUGCAGGUUCAGGUGCCGGAGAAGGAUUACGCCCUACAGCAGGUGCUCAGCGAAACGAGCCAGUUUCUAUCCGCCCAUAUGCCGCUUGCUGGCAACAAUAAGACCGGAAGCGGCGGCAAGCGCUCCUUACCGGACAGCAACUCUAGUAACUCCAGCGAGGAGGAGGCAGCGGCAGUGGCGGCUGGCUUAUCGCCCAGCAAGAAGGCAAAGACAUCGCGCUCCUGCAAGGGCAAGAUCUAUCAGGAACUGGUCAACUCCGGCCAAUUGUCGGCCAUAGCCAAAAGCAAGAGUAAGGCUCCUCGAUCUCCGUCGUCUGCCAAUUUGGUGAUGCUCGGCGGCGGUGGCAACUUUACGGACAUCUCAUUGGACGCGGCACCCAAUACACCGCCGGUCUCGCCGCCAGAACGACACAACGACGCAUGCAGUCCAGUGCAUCUAAGAAGUGUGUCCGAGUCGAGCAGCAGUGGCUUCUUUGAUUUGGAGGAGAAGAUUAAGGAACUGCCGGCGCUAAGUCUUGAUGCCUACCUUCAGCGCAAGCGCAGCACCAAAAAGAAGAAGAAGUUUAGCGGCAGCAAGAAACAACGAAACUCGAACAGCACCAGUGGAGUGGGAACGGCAGCGACUCCCGCAGUUCAAGCUGCCGGCAGAGGAGCAGCAUCGGUUGCCGCCACCAGCGACCAGGUCCGGAUCAAGCAGCAGCAACAGGCCGCUGCCGCUGUGGGCAGUCAGCGACGCAAAGCGCGCAAGGAGAGCAUAACGCGACGCGAUGUCAGCGCCAUUGAGCAGGAGGUAGCCUCCAUACUGCCGCUGACCAUCAAUGGCUGCUACUACUUUGACCAGAGCGAUGCGCCCAGGGCGUUAAGCAACAACAAUGUCAACGGUAAUGCCACCUCUUUAUCAUCAUCGCCGUCGUCGUCAUCGUCGCCGCCACUCUCCUCGAACUCCUCAUCAUCGUCGACAUCGCUGUCGCUCUCCUCGCCGGCGGCCUACGACGUGAUGACCUCCUCUACCUCAGAUCUACUCAUUCUGGCCGAAGUGGCCGCCAAUCGCACUGAGCUGAACAGCAAGUCCAACUAGCGCCAGCAGCAUCACUAACAAAACAACAGCAACACCACACACACACACACCAAGUCGCCACAAGUAACGCUAGAUAGUCGCGAAACCCAAAAAAUGUACCUAUAUGUAUAUAGGUAUAUAUGUAUGUUUGCUUACGGUUCAAGUUUAAGGAUAGUUGAUAUUGCUUGGAAGAUAUGCUCUCUCUACCCUUGGCACUUAAUUAUUAUUGUUUGUUGAUUCAUUUAUGAGUUUCUGAUGCAGAAAUUCUCCAAAAAGUUGCAGGAAUAUUACAAAUAUUUUCGGACUUUCAAAAUUGUUAACCAAAAAAGGAAGAGAAGGAGCAUAUGCAUAGCAUAUCAUCUUGUUUCUAUCUAAAUCGGGAUUUUAGGAGUAAGAGAGCGCCUCUAAAUUCGAUACUUACUUGAUCUUCAGACAUGGUGUCGGUGGCGACGGGGGGGAAAUGGAGAAACAGACAGACAGACAGAGACAUUCGUUGAUCUACAAUUUAGUCAAUAAUAUUAUGUAAAAACCAGCGAAUCGUUUUUUUUUUUUCCUUGUUGUUAUGAUGGAUAAAGGGGGUCACGUCCUCCUCCUCCUCCAUCAAUUUCACACACCCACAUAUACACAUAUUUUUUUAUUUAGAUAUCUUGUUCUGUUUUUUGUUUUCUUGUUAAGUUUCUCCUUUAAAAUCGGGCCCGCGUUCAACAAUAACAACCAUAGCAGCAACAACAAAAACAACAACAACCGAACGCUCAUUAAAUGUUAAUUAUUAUUAUUAUUUCUAAUAUGUAGUCGUAAUUUAUUGCUAUAUUUGUCAAAUCGCAAACAAUUUGCAAACAAAAAUAAAUUUAUUUUACAAUCAAA